GGGACCCACAUAUAUGCUUUUCCUCUGCCAUCUUCUCUCUUCCGCUCCUCCUCAUCCUUCUCAAAUUCGGUCAUCUCUCACUUCUCUCUCCUCAAGGAGUAUUUGAAUUUGCAAGAUUGUCAUUCUUUUCUUUCUAGAGAGAAAAAUACAGAAACCUCUCGCUGAUUGGGUAUACCGAACCGAAGAGAGGUGUUUCGAAAGUCAUCACAUCCGUGCUAAUUGGGGUUUGCGUCAAUAAUAGCAGAUCAAAUUGAAUCCACAUGUUGGCCAAGUUUUCUGGGAUCAGAUGUGUAGUAUGUGUCAUGAUUGUGGAGCACCAUUGACCAUGUCCAAUGGAAGCAAGGAGAAGCAGGAAAAUUUGACCUCUGUUGAAUCGAAAGGAAGAGAUCCCAAAUUGUCAUGCAACUUUUGUGUGGAAAAGCAAGAUAAAGAAUCACUAAAUCAGACUGGUUUAAGUGCUUGUCCAAAACAACAUAUCAGUCCAACUUCUUCGCUGACCAGCAGUGAUAGCACUGUCUCAUGCUGCAGUGAUAUUUCGGUUGAGGCAUACUCAAAUGGCAGGGGUGAUCAUGAUGGAGAUAGCUCAGCCAGCAGCAGUGAGGAUCCCAACUUUAGGCCAAAUGGCCAUCUACAAAACUUGAGCUCAUCGAUUCAUGAAAAUGGGAUUCACCAAUCCAAUGAGCAGGCAAAAGUCAACUUAAAGGGAAACGGUACUGGUAGUAACAGUUGCACUGUUUCUAGACAUGAAGAACUUAACGGAAAUGUUGAUAAUCAAGAAGCAAAGGACAAUGUUGUUGAAAGUGCUAGUUCAGAUAUUAAUGGGGAAACUGAGACACCUUAUUCUUUGAAGGAUGAAAUGGAUGGUCAUGUAUGGUCACCCCCGGAGGCAGAAGACCGAGAGGAUGACAAGGAGGGUAGUUUGGUCAAUUACGAUGACGACGAUGAUGAGUGUGGUGAUGGCACAACAUGGGGAAAGCCUAGUUCUUUAAGUAGCAUUGGUGAAGAAGGCAGUGGAAGCUACAGGGUCAAAGAUGAAAAGAAAAAGGCAAUGGAUGAGGUGAUGAAUGGAAAGUUUAAAGCCCUUGUGGGUCAACUUCUUAAAUCUGUUGAGGUUUCCCCUUCUGGGGAAGAUGGUGACAGUUGGGUGGAUAUAGUUACUUCCUUAUCAUGGGAAGCCGCUUCAUUUGUGAAGCCUGAUGCUAUAGAGGGCAAGGCUAUGGACCCUGAUGGCUAUGUGAAGAUCAAGUGUGUUGCCACUGGUUUUCGUAACCAAAGUCAAGUGAUCCGUGGCUUGGUCUUCAAAAAGCAUGCUGCUCACAAGCAUAUGCCAACCAAGUACAAGAACCCCAGAUUGUUGUUGAUACGUGGAGCGCUUGGACUCUCUUCAAGUGGGCUUUCAUCAUUUGAAUCAAUGGAUCAGGAGAAGAAUAGACUGAAGUCCAUGUUGGAGAUGAUUGACAUCUCCCAACCGAAUGUGGUUUUAGUGGAGAAAACUGUUUCACGUGAUAUCCAAGAGUCUAUUCUUCCAAAAGGAAUGACACUAGUCUUUGAUAUGAAAUUGCAUCGUCUAGAGAGAGUUGCUCGUUGCACUGGUUCACCGAUCUUAUCAACUGAUAUCUUGGCAGGCCAAAAACUUAAACACUGCGAUUACUUUCAUUUUGAAAAAUUUGUAGAGGAGCACAAUGUGUCUAUUGAUAGCGGAAAGAAGCCAAGUAAAACAUUGAUGUUCAUUGAGGGCUGUCCUACACGUAUGGGUUGUACGAUUUUGCUGAAGGGAGCUCACAGUGAUGAAUUGAAGAGGGUUAAAUGUGUGGUCCAGUGUGCAGUCGUUGUGGCAUAUCAUUUAAUUCUAGAGACCUCUUUCCUCCUAGAUCAAAGGACUAUGUUCUCUACCAUCCCUUUCGAUGGAGUUCGAAGUAUAUCUAUGACUGAUCAACAAUCUCCUUCUGCUCAACCGAGUAAUUCAAAAUAUCCUUGUUUCGAGGAGUCUAGUGCCGAAACUGAUUCUAUGUAUACGGUUGAGUUUCCCAUAUCCAAUGAAUGUCAUGAAGGAGGAUUCCAUGACUUAAAUUUCCCAUUGGAAGGAAAUUCUAUGUUUUCUUAUGAGCCAUACAAUCCCAUUAUUCUUUCUGGGUUAUCAUCGCUUUCAGCCUCUCUAAAGAAAGUUAUUGGGGACAGUUUCCCUAUGUCCAAGUACUUUGGUUUUAACGAAAGGGAAUCCAAUGGUCCUAUUCCAGAUUCCUUUAAUGCUUCGACAUCUCAAGAGUCAUUCGAUCAUUAUGAUGUUGAAGUAAAGGGUGGCUCUGAUGAAGACAAGGUUUCUGAUAAUGAACGACCCUGUUCUCCGUUUGCUUGUUGCAAAGCCCUUUCAAAUAGUCUUGAAUGUGGUGGAAAUAAUGAGGACCGAAAGCAUAGUAAGGAUGACAUCAGCAGUGUGUUGGAUUCUGAAAGCAUUUUGGUUUUGAUGUCUAGCCGCAAUGCCUCAAGAGGGGCUAUUUGUGAGCAAAGUCAUCUUUCUCAUAUCAAGUUCUACCGGAACUUUGAUGUUCCCCUUGGAAAGUUUUUGCAAGAUAAUUUACUCAAUCAGAGCCUUCAGUGUGCCACGUGCAAUGAACCACCAGAAGCUCAUUUUUACUACUAUGCGCAUCAUAAUAAGCAGCUCACAAUUCAAGUCAAACGCCUUCCUAAAGAGAGGGAGUUGCCUGGUCAAGCUGUAGGAAAGCUUUGGAUGUGGAGUCGCUGUGGUAAAUGUAAAUCGCUCAAUGGGAACUCAAAAUCUACUAAGAGGGUCUUGAUUUCCAAUGCUGCCCGAGGUUUAUCAUUUGGAAAGUUUUUGGAGCUCAGCUUUUCAAAUCACUCUUCAUUUAGUAGACUAUCUAGCUGCGGGCAUUCUCUACAGAGGGACUUCCUUUACUUCUUUGGAUUAGGCCCCAUGGUUGCAAUGCUGAGAAACUCUGCAGUGGCAACUUACUCAGUAUCUUUGCCACCUCAGAAACUGGAGUUCAGUAGUUCAAUCAGAGGAGAUUUACUUAAGAGGGAAACUGACGAUGUUUACAAGAAAGGAGUACACUUCUUCGAUGAGGUUGCAAAAUGUUUGCAGGGGAUUGCUUCUCGAUUUUCAGGUUCAAUUCUGAACCUUUAUGGGGGGUUGAAGGAAUUCUCUGAUAUUCAAGAGAUGUUAAAGCAGGAAAGAAAUCAAUUUGAGAUGAACAUUCAGAAUGUUGCCGUCAAGAGUGGAAAUCCAGAUGUGGCUGUGUACAGGCUUCUCAGUUUGAACCGGCUUAUGUGUGAUCUCCUUCUUGAAUCAUGCAUCUGGGAUCAACGUCUGCAUUCACUCCUCUCUUCAGAUUCAGGAGUGAUCAACGGUAGAACCACUGGCAAUGGAAUGCUUGCUGUGGAAACUAACAGCUCCGUAAAUUCUCCUGAAAGUGGCAACAAUGAAGUUUUUGACAACAGUGUUCACAUGGAAAUCAAUGGGGAGGCAUUUGUAGAGUCAAUUUCUAUUGAAAGAACAAAUUCAUCUGAUGUGGCUGAGGAUAUUGAGAGGUCAAAUUCAUUUGGCAAUGAGAAUUGUCAACAAGAGAAUCGUCCUUUGGCAAAAGAGAGAACUAUUCCAAUUUCUACAGAUGAUGGUCAUGAUUUAGAUGCGUCUCAAAGAGGUUUGCCUGCUUUUCCACUACAACCUAACUUAGAAAAUCCAAGAGGAUGGAUCUGGACUCCAUUUCCGGAACUUCGGAUGAAUUAUUUGAAAGAUCUUCAGGGAGGUUGUGUGCCAAGAUAUGAUUCUAUAUGUAGGUAUACCAUAGAGAGCUUCCCUAAUGCUCUUCGGCUGAUCACUGAAGAGGGCUCAAGGCUGCACAUACCUCUUGGUACCGAUGAAUAUAUGGUGUCAGAUUAUGAGGACGAGUUCUCAAGCAUUAUUGCUUGUGCUUUGGCAUUGUUGAAGGAUGUACCCCGUUCGACAGAGGUUUUGAAUGGGGAUUAUAAAGCAACAAUGCCUAAAACAUAUGAGAGUUCACACAGCGUAGCACGCAUAUCGUCUCUGGCAUCCCCAUAUUGGUCUUCUUUCGGUUCUUUGGAUUCAGAUGGGACCCCUUCUCCGCCAUCUUCGGAGGAGUCACACUUCUCCAGUUUUGAUGGGUUGAAUUUGUUAGGCUCCUUGGUUUCUUUUAGGGCCUUAAAUCCAGAAGUCCCUAUGGGGUUUGGAAAAUCACAUGGUAAGGGGAAAUAUUCUGUACUUUGUUUGUACGCAAACCAAUUCCGUGACCUAAGAAGCCGAUGUUGUCCCUCUGAGCUUGAUUACAUUGCUUCUCUUAGUCGUUGUAGAAAUUGGGACGCCAAAGGUGGCAAGAGUAAAUCGUUCUUUGCUAAAACUCUUGAUGACCGCUUCAUUGUGAAGGAAAUUAAGAAGACAGAAUUCGAGUCAUUUGAAAAGUUUGCUCUGGAUUAUUUUCGGUACAUGAAUGAGUGCUUUGAGCAAGGGAACCAAACCUGCCUUGCGAAAAUACUUGGGAUUUAUCAGGUAACUAUUAGGCAGACAAAGAGCGGGAAAGAGAUGAAACAUGACCUUAUGGUGAUGGAGAACCUUUCUUUUGGACGAAAUAUUGGUCGGCAGUACGAUCUUAAAGGUGCUUUGCAUGCUCGAUUCAACUCAGCAGCUGAUGGUUCAGGAGACGUUCUUCUAGACCAAAACUUCGUCAAUGACAUGAAUGCCUCUCCCUUGUAUGUUGGUACCAAGUCCAAGCGUAUUCUGCAACGGGCUGUGUGGAAUGACACAACAUUUCUCAAUUCAAUCAAUGUGAUGGAUUACUCUCUACUUGUGGGAGUGGAUACUCAUCGGCGCGAACUUGUGUGCGGCAUUAUAGACUACCUCAGACAGUAUACGUGGGAUAAGCAACUAGAGACCUGGGUCAAAGCGUCCCUUGUUGUUCCCAAAAACCAGUUGCCCACUAUAAUUUCUCCACGAGAGUACAAGAAGAGAUUUAGAAAGUUCAUCACUACAUACUUCUUGAGUGUUCCGGACCAUUGGUGCUCACAAAGAUCUUCUAACCCUUGCAAACUCUGUGGCACGGGCAAGGAUGAUUCUUCCUCUUCUCAUGCAAAAUCUCAAGAUCAAGGGGAGCCAAAUGGUUUUUUGAGUUGAGUUUUGAUAUUUGUUCUAAAGUACUGUACAUAGUCCAUUUCAUAGUAGUACAUACCCCCCACUCAUUCAGAAAUUUUAUUGAAUCCUGGGGAGGAGAUUUAUAGCUUUAGGUUCUGGCCAUGUGGAGCCAUAUACAUAUGAAUUUUGUAAAGCCUAUCAAGUAAUUGUAGAAAGUCGUGAUACUAGGAGACUUUGUAUGAUUAUUUGUAUCAAUGGAAGAAAGUUUGGCCUUCAUGUUUA